AAACUUUUGUACAAGGAGUUUCUCAUUUCAGAAAUGGAUAUUGGCUUAGCUGUUGGUGGUGCAUUUCUCUCUUCAGCUUUGAAUGUUCUCUUUGAUAGGCUUGCUCCUAACGGUGAGCUGAUGAAGAUGUUUCAGAGGGACAAGCAUGAUGUUCGGCUUUUAAAGAAGCUGAGGAUGACUUUGCUUGCUCUUCAGGCUGUGCUAAGUGAUGCAGAGAACAAGCAGACAUCAAAUCCAUAUGUGAGUCAGUGGCUUAGUGAGUUUCGAGAUGCUGUGGAUGGUGCUGAAAACUUAAUAGAAGAAGUCAACUAUGAAGCUCUGAGACUUAAGGUGGAAGGUCAGCAUCAAAAUCUUGCAGAAACAAUCAACAAGCAAGUUAUUACCAUAAAGGAGAAGUUGGAAGAGACCAUUGAAACAUUGGAGGAGUUGCAAAAGCAAAUUGGUUUCCUUGAUCUAGCAAAGUAUCUUGAUUCAGAUAAACAAGAAAAAAGGACAUUUUCAACUUCUGUGGUUGAUGAAUCUGAUAUCUUUGGUAGGCAAAAUGAAAUAGAGGAAUUGAUUGACCGUUUAUUGUCAGAGGAUGCAAAUGGAAAAAAUCUUACUGUAGUUCCUAUUGUAGGAAUGGGGGGUGUUGGCAAGACAACACUUGCUAAAGCUGUUUACAAUGAUGAGAAAGUGAAAAACCAUUUUAAUUUGAAAGCUUGGUUUUGUGUAUCUGAACCAUAUGACGCUCUCAGAAUAACAAAAGGGUUACUUCAAGAAAUUGGCUCAUUUGACUCGAAGGCUGAUAGCAAUCUUAAUCAGCUACAGGUCAAAUUGAAGGAAAUCCUAAAGGGAAAAAGGUUUCUUAUUGUCCUAGAUGAUAUGUGGAAUGAUAACUAUAAUGAGUGGGAUGACUUGAGAAAUCUUUUUGUAAAAGGAGAUGUAGGAAGUAAGAUCAUUGUGACAACACGUAAAGAAAGUGUUGCCUUGGUGAUGGGUAAGGAGCAAAUUAGCAUGGAAAUUUUGUCUAGUGAAGUUUCUUGGUCUUUAUUUAAAAGACAUGCAUUUGAAUACAUGGAUCCUGAGGAACAACGAGAAUUUAAAAAGGUCGGAAAACAAAUUGAAGCUAAGUGCAAAGGACUGCCUUUAGCUCUGAAGACGCUCGCUGGCAUGUUACGCUCCAAAUCAGAGGUUGAAGGGUGGAAACGUAUUUUGAGAAGUGAAAUGUGGGAGCUUCCAGACAAUGACAUAUUACCAGCGUUGAUGUUGAGCUACAAUGAUCUUCCUGCACAUUUAAAGCAAUGUUUUUCUUAUUGUGCAAUCUUUCCCAAAGAUUAUCCAUUUCGGAAAGAACAAGUCAUUCAGCUGUGGAUUGCUAAUGGUCUAUUAAAGGGGUUGCAAAAAGAUGAAACAAUUGAAGACUUAGGCAACCUAUACUUUCUCGAGUUGAGAUCAAGAUCACUUUUCGAAAGGGUCCGGGAGUCUUCUAAAAGGAAUGAAGAGGAAUUCUUAAUGCAUGACCUUAUCAAUGAUCUGGCCCAAGUUGCAUCUUCAAAACUUUGUAUCAGGUUGGAAGAUAACGAAGGAUCUCAUAUGUUGGAAAAAUGUCGACACCUGUCAUAUUCAUUGGGAGAUGGUGUCUUUGAGAAGUUGAAACCACUCUACAAAUCAAAGCAGCUGAGGACAUUGCUUCCAAUCAAUAUCCAGCGUGGGUACUCAUUUCCUUUAAGCAAGAGGGUGUUGUAUAACAUAUUGCCAAGACUAACAUCCUUAAGGGCUUUAUCAUUGUCUCAUUAUCGGAUUAAGGAGUUGCCGAAUGACUUGUUUAUCACAUUAAAACUCCUAAGAAUUUUGGACCUUUCUCAGACGGCGAUAAGAAAGUUACCAGAUUCCAUAUGUGCAUUGUAUAACUUGGAGAUACUUCUCUUGUCUUCUUGUAUAUAUCUUGAGGAGUUACCGCCGCAUAUGGAAAAGUUGAUCAACUUGCGUCACCUUGACACUACUGGCACUUCUCUCUUGAAGAUGCCACUACAUCCAAGCAAGUUGAAAAACCUCCAUGUACUAGUAGGAUUUAAGUUUAUUCUAGGUGGCUGCAAUGAUUUGAGAAUGGUAGAUUUAGGUGAACUACACAAUUUGCAUGGAUCUAUAUCAGUUCUAGAGUUGCAAAAUGUGGUUGAUAGAAGGGAAGCUCUGAAUGCAAACAUGAUGAAAAAGGAACAUGUUGAGAUGCUGUCGUUGGAGUGGAGUGAGAGUAUUGCUGACAGUUCACAAACUGAAGGAGACAUACUCGAUAAACUACAACCAAAUACAAACAUAAAGGAACUGGAAAUCGCUGGAUAUAGAGGGACAAAAUUUCCGAAUUGGAUGGCUGAUCAUUCAUUUCUUAAGCUGGUGGGAGUGUCUCUUAGCAAUUGCAACAACUGUGCUUCCUUGCCAGCACUAGGACAACUUCCUUCUUUGAAAUUCCUUACCGUUAAAGGGAUGCAUCGAAUAACAGAAGUGAGUGAAGAGUUCUACGGUACGUUGUCAUCCAAAAAGCCAUUUAACUCUCUUGAGAAGCUUGAAUUUGCAGAGAUGCCAGAGUGGAAGCAGUGGCAUGUACUGGGGAAGGGAGAGUUCCCUGCACUUCAUGACUUUUUAAUUGAAGAUUGCCCCAAGCUGAUUGGGAAGUUGCCUGAAAAACUUUGCUCUCUGAGAGGAUUGAGAAUUUCAAAAUGUCCUGAACUCAGUCCGGAGACACUUAUCCAACUUUCAAAUUUGAAAGAGUUUAAAGUUGUAGCUUCUCCUAAAGUUGGAGUUCUUUUUGAUGAUGCUCAACUGUUUACAUCUCAACUUCAGGGAAUGAAACAGAUUGUUGAAUUAUGUAUUCAUGAUUGUCACUCUCUUACCUUCUUACCGAUUAGCAUUCUUCCGAGUACCUUGAAGAAAAUAGAGAUAUAUCAUUGCAGGAAACUGAAAUUGGAGGCGUCAAUGAUUUCUAGAGGAGAUUGUAACAUGUUUCUGGAGAAUUUGGUAAUAUAUGGAUGUGAUUCUAUAGAUGAUAUAUCACCAGAGUUUGUCCCAAGAUCACAGUAUUUGAGUGUAAACAGUUGCCUCAACCUUACUAGGCUUUUGAUUCCUACUGAGACUGAAAAACUCUAUAUUUGGCAUUGUAAGAAUCUUGAAAUACUUUCAGUGGCAUCUGGAACUCAGACGAUGUUGCGUAAUUUGAGUAUUCGUGACUGUGAGAAGCUGAAGUGGCUGCCAGAAUGUAUGCAGGAACUCAUUCCAUCUCUUAAGGAACUAGAACUAUGGUUUUGUACAGAAAUAGUGUCCUUUCCUGAAGGAGGAUUGCCCUUCAAUUUACAAGUCCUUAGGAUCCACUAUUGUAAGAAACUGGUGAAUGCGCGAAAGGGGUGGCAUUUACAGAGACUCCCCUGUCUCAGAGAGUUAACCAUCUUACAUGAUCGCAGUGACCUUGCUGGUGAAAACUGGGAGUUGCCUUGCUCUAUUCGAAGGCUUACCAUAUCCAAUCUGAAAACAUUAAGCAGCCAACUUUUCAAAAGUCUUACCUCCCUUGAAUAUUUAUCUACUGGUAACUCACUUCAAAUUCAGUCACUGCUGGAAGAAGGGCUUCCCACCUCUCUUUCUCGUCUAACGUUAUUUGGCAAUCAUGAGCUCCAUUCCCUACCGAUUGAAGGUCUACGACAACUCACUUCACUUCGGGAUCUAUUCAUCUCUUCAUGUGAUCAACUCCAAUCUAUUCCAGAAUCAGCACUGCCCUCCUCCCUCUCUGCGCUGACCAUCCAGAAUUGCCAUAAACUCCAAUACCUUCCGGUAAAAGGGAUGCCCACUUCAAUCUCUUCACUAUCUAUUUACGACUGUCCAUUGCUCAAACCACUCCUUGAAUUUGACAAAGGAGAAUACUGGCAAAAAAUUGCUCAUAUUUCCACCAUAAAUAUUGAUGGGGAAUACCAAUAA